GGCAGCUGGAGGGCAGUUAACAGCAGGGCAGGGCAGAGGGUUGCUGAAGGGGAUGACAGGGCAGGGAAGAGGAUGCACAAAGUUACGGAGGGGGGCAGAAUGGGAUCAUUGGAGGGGGCAGUGGGGAGGGAAGGAGACAGGAGUGACCCCAGGGCUGGUUGCAGAAGGAGACAUGGGGCCUUUCCCCUCUAUGGGGUGUCAUUUCCACUCUGGCCCAGGGUGGGGACUGGCUGGCUCAGGGCGCUGGGAAAGGAGUCCAGGGCCUGGCUCCUCUAGGUGGAGCUGGACGUGAUCCCACCCUGGCUGGCGCAGGGAAUUGGGAUCGUAAGAGGUGGAAGAUCCCCCGCCCCCCCUAGCUGUCUAGUGCUGUGCUCCACUGUCAGUGCAGAUCCGGGGGAGGGGGGGGUCCUGAGGGGGGUGCCGAGGGCCCUCUCUGCAGGCAGCGCCAGGAGGGGGGCGUUAGGGGGGUCCCCUCCCCCAGCGUCUCUCCGCAUCCCCCCUCGUUCCUCCCUGCUCUGGCGGCUGCUGCUGCUGCGUCACUGGGCUCAGCUCUAGGAUGGAGCCGCAGAGGGGCCUGCUCUUUAGCCCCUGAGGGCCGGGGCAGCCUCCUCAGCCCUGAGAAGCCCCCCCUCCCCAGACUGGGGAGGGGAGAGAGCCGGCCCCCACCCUCACAGGAGACUCGGAGACCUGAUUGGUCACAAUGUGAUGGCGAGCGAGCUACCUACUCAGACUUCCCGGGUGACACGCACGACCUCCCGCCUGACCUCCGGCCCCUGGAAACGCCCGGCUGCCCCGGUCCCUUCUGCGGCUCCCAGCCGGCCCCGCUUCUGGGAGGGGCAGGAUGUGCUGGCCCGCUGGACCGAUGGCCUGCUCUAUCUGGGUACCAUCAAGAAGGUGGAUGCUUCACGGCAGGUUUGCCUGGUGCAGUUUGAGGACAAUUCCCAGUUCCUGGUGCUCUGGAAGGACAUUAACCCUGCCGCCGUGCCCGGUGAGGAGCAGAUCUGCUGCGUAUGUUACUCGGAGUCCGUGAGCCCAGAGAACCAGUUGGUGCGGUGUGAGAAAUGUGGGCACACCUACCACCAGGAGUGCCACCUGCCCAGAGUGCUGGAUGCGAGCAGCGAUGGGGCUGGGGUGCUUGGUGCAUGGAUGUGCCGGCAGUGUGUCUUCGCUGUGGCCACCAAGAGGGGUGGUGCGCUCAAGAAAGGCCCCUAUGCCAAGGCCAUGUUGAGCAUGAAGCUGGUGCUGCCCUAUCAGUUCAAGGCUCUGGAGUGGGAUCCUGCACACCUGACCAAUCGGCAGCAGUGUUACUGCUACUGUGGAGGCCCUGGAGAGUGGAACCUGAAGAUGUUGCAGUGCUGCAGCUGUGCCCAGUGGUUCCAUGAGGCAUGUACCCAGUGUCUGAGCAAGCCACUGCUUUAUGGAGACAGAUUUUAUGUCUUCGAGUGCUGUGUCUGCACUGGGGGCCCUGAGAGCGUACGGAGACUUCCCCUGAGAUGGGUGGACGUGGCCCAUCUCAUUCUCUAUCACCUUAGCAUCUGCUGCAAAAAGAAAUACUUUGACUUUGAGCGGGAGAUUCUGCCGUUUGCCAGCGAGAACUGGGACAACCUGCUGCUGGGAGAGCUCUCGGAUACACCCAAGAGGGAUCGGUACAGCCAAUUGCUGAGUGCCCUGAGCAGCCACAAAGACAGGUUUAUUUCAGGGAAGGAGAUCAAGAAGCGGAAGGGUCUCUUUGGGCUCCACAUACGAGUGCCACCUCCUGCACCUCAGUGCCCUGGGGGCCAUGGUGGCUCCACGGCUCAGCAGCCCCAGGGGCAGCCCCCACUUACUGACAGCAGCUUCCUUUCAGGGCAGGGCAGCAGUGGGGCAGGGCGCCGGAGGCCACGGAGGCGCAAGGUCCCCCCGGAACCCACAGACACCAUGGAGCUGAGGAGCAGCAGGGAGAAGUGGCAGCUGGACAGAGCCCUCACCCAGGAGGUGGUGGAGACCCCAGUCAGUGCUAGCCAGACAUACUGUGGCUACAGCGGCACCUCCAGCACCUACAACUUCCGCCGCACUGACGCCCGCUGCCUGGAGAGUGCUCCCAUCAGGAUGUUUGCCUCCUUCCACCCAUCCGCCAACACUGCCCGGACCCUGAGGAGCACCACUGCCAGCCCGGACCCCCGCGAAGCACCUGCGACAGAGAGCGAGAGCCCUGAGCAUCCCCCUACCCACACUCCACUGCCCCACGCAAACUACCCAGCCCCCAGCACCAAGCACCAGCCUGAGACCCUGGCCUCCCCUUCCUCCUCCAGCGCUCUGUGCCCGGGCCCUGCCCCCACCAGCAGCAGCUACUUUGGAGCCAUGGGGCGCCUGGCUCGUGGGGAGGCUGUCCGCAUCCUGGCCCGCAGGGUCACCCUCGAUGGCACUGUCCAAUACCUGGUGGAAUGGGGUGGAGGGGGCAUGUUCUGAGGGGGAGGGGAAGUGCCAGAGAGACACCCCCUCUUGGGGCUGCAGAGAGUUGUCAGCCUUCCCCCCCCCCACACACACACACACACACUGAGCAAGUGCAACUCCUAGGACAGAGUGCAGUGUCAGGGAUUUGUCCCUCUCUGACAGCGGUGGGGAUUGCACUGGGGGGGCUCUCACCCUCAGCUUGGAUAUAAGGCAGGAAUUGCCUAGUCCUGCUCAAAGAAGGGCCCUAGGGUGGAUGGUGGGGGGCAUUCCCCACUCCCACCGGGCAAAUGCUUCAUUGUAUUCAAAGGGUUUAUUUUCUUGUUGCAUUUUUAUUAUUCUGUAAAAAUUCUAUUUAAUGAAGUGCAAUGGGGGGAGGACAGAGCUUGGGGCACCCUGCCACAAUGGGGCUGUCCAAGGCAGAAUGGGGGCACAGGAAUGGGAGGUGGCAGCUCCCCAAGGCCUGGGAGGAGAGGGGUGCCCCCCAGCACAGUCAUCCAUCCUGCUUGUAACCUGCUGUACAGACGGCAUAUGUUCCCCUCCCCACAGGCCAGCUGUGCCCACUCCCCCAUCCCUGUGUGCUGAUGCUGUGGUCACCAUCGCCAUUCUGACUGUACAAACUGACACCUGCAAUAAAGAGCUUGCUGCAGA